AUGGCGGCUCAGAUUGACAUCUUAAACAAGAAGAUGGACAGUAUCAUGUCAAAUUGCAUCGGUACAUCUGUAGCUUCAGUAAGUGUGCCUCAAAUGUGUGAUGUAUGUGGCCAAGCAGGUCAUCUUUCAACAGAAUGUACCUUCUAUUCAGCAAUUGGAUCAUCGGUUUUAGAAGUAAGUUAUGCCCAAAGUCAAGGUCCAUUCUCAAACAACUACAAUCCUUCUUGGAGGAACCAUCCAAACUUGUCGUACAAGAACAAUCAGUCAUAUGCAAGUGGAUCGACAGUACAAGGAAAUCGACCACCAAAUCAUCCAAGUCAAUUUCAAGUGCCGAGGCAGAAUGAACAACAAAAUGUUCAGUCAAAUGGAAUGGAGGAAAUCAUGAAAAUGCAGUUGGAAUUGAUGAGCAAGAUGACAAAUGAAGUUAAUGGAUUAAAGGAUACUGUUAAGAUGCUUGUGAGCAAAAUGGAUAGUAUGGUGGGAGAAAAUGAAAAAAGGCUGCCUGCGCAACCAAUUCCAAACCCGAAAGCUCACUGUGGGGCAAUAUCUUCAGUUAAUGCAGUGACUACAAGGAGUGGAGUUAUGUCAGGACCAUUACUUCCUACUCCGAAGACAUAUGUCCCUCCUGCUAUGAGGCCAAGUUCAUCCGGAACUCCACCUUCAACAUCAUCAGAGAAACUAAAGGAGAAAGAAGUUGAUAACCGAAUUGAAACUGAAGUCGAAUUUCCUGGUUUUCAAACAAGAGCUGAGCCUUUGCUAGAGGAAGCAAUAACAACCAACAACAUUCCUUUUCCUGAGCGGUUCAACAAAACCAAAGAUGACAAGCAAUUUGCCAAAUUCUUGGAAACUAUGAAGGGAGUUCAGAUUACUAUUCCUAUUCUUGAAGCUGUCUUGCAUGUUCCAAUGUAUGCCAAAUAUUUCAAGGAACUGCUAACAAGGAAAAGAAGCAUGUCUGAGCCAGAAGUAGUGACUUUAUCAAAGGAAUGCAGUGCAAUAAUUCAGAAUUCCAUGCCUGAAAAAUUGGAUGAUCCAGGAAGCUUUUGUGUACCAUGUGUGAUUGGAAACAAAACUUAUAGUGCUCUGUGUGACUUGGUCUCAAGUGUUAGUGUGUUACCACAUUCAGUUAGCAAAAGGAUGAUCUUGGGAGAAUUAAAUCCAACAGCCAUAACUCUUCAGUUAGCCAACAGAACAUAUAGGAAACCUGUUGGAAUUCUUGAGGAUGUUCCAAUCAAAGUUGGGAAGUUUGCUUAUCCGCUUGACUUUGUAGUGCUAGAUAUAGAGGACAAAAGUGAGGCUGUGAUCCUUGGAAGGCCAUUUUUGGCCAUAGCUGGUGCACUUAUUGAUGUUCAAGAAGCUAAAUUGAGCCUGAGGUUUGGAAAUGAAAAGGUGGAGUUUGACAUGAAGCAUGCAACACAUGUUCCGCAAGGAGAAAAGCACUGCUACAAAAUUAAUACACUACAGAAAUGUGUGGAAGAAGGUUAUGAAGAGAGGUAUGGAAGUAAUUGUUGUGAAGUAGUUGAGGAGGACAAUAGUGAAAUCAGAUAUGAAGAAAUCAGACCUGUGAGCAUAUUGGAAAGCAGUACAAGGCCACUAGAGAAGAUGCAAUCAAGGCAAAUAGAAAUGAAACAACUUCCAAAAAGUUUGAAGUAUGCAUUCUUAGACAAUGACAACCAGUGGCCAAUUAUCAUGAAUAGGGAGUUGAUGGAAAGGCAAAUAAAAGGGCUUCAAGCAGUUUUGCAAAAGUAUAAGGAUGUUAUUGGAUAUUCAAUUGAUGAUAUGAAAGGGAUAAAUCCUGCUGUCUGCUCUCAUAGGAUUUACUUGAAAGAAAGCAGUGUACCAAUUAGAGAAAGUCAAAGAAGGUUGAAUCCCCAUUUGCAAGAGGUUGUAAAAAAGGAGAUUCUUAAAUUGCUCUCUGCUGAUAUCAUAUACCCAAUUUCGGACAGCGAGUGGGUGAGUCCCAUUCACAUGGUUCCCAAGAAAGGAGGAAUAAUUGUCAUUGAAAAUGAACAAGGGCAAACGAUUCCUAGUAGGACUGUCACAGGGUGGAGAAUGGUCAAUGAUUUCAGAAAGUUAAAUGAAGUAACAAGGAAGGACCAUUUUCCUUUACCUUUCAUUGACCAAAUGCUGGAAAGGCUUGCUGGGCAUGAAUAUUUCUGCUGCUUAGAUGGGUAUUCAGGAUUCUUGCAAAUCCCAAUUCAUCCGGAUGAUCAAGAUAAAACAACUUUCACUUGCCCAUACGGAACAUUUGCUUACAAAAGACUAGCUUAUGGACUUUGUAAUGCACCCCCCCCCCCAUUUCAAAGGUUUAUGCUCUCUAUAUUCUUUGAUAUGAUAGGAACCAAAGUGGAGGUGUUCAUAGAUGAUAUUACAGUCAUUGGAAAAAGUUAUGAGGAUUGCUUGAAUAAUUUGGCAGCAGUUCCUCAGAGGUGUUCAGAACACAAUCUAGUCUUAAACUGGGAGAAGUGUCAGUUUCUUGUAAAGGAAGGAAUUAUUUUGGGACAUUUGGUAUCUGAAAGAGGAAUUGAGGUUGAUCAAGCAAAAGUUGAAGUAAUAUCAAAACUUCCACCACCUGUAAAUGUGAAGGGAGUAAGGAGAUUUUUGGGACAUGCUGGGUUCUAUAGAAGAUUCAUAAGGGAUUUCUCCAAGAUAGCCAAACCCCUCACUAAUCUCCUAGACAAUGAUGUUAAGUUCAACUUUGAUGCAGAAUGUGAAAAAUCCUUCAACUUGCUCAAGGAAGCAUUGGUCACUGCUCCAAUAGUGCAACCCCCUAACUGGGAAUUACCAUUUGAGAUAAUGUGUGAUGCAAGUGACUUUGCUGUGGGUGCAGUACUGGGACAAAGAAAAGGAAAAGAUUUGCAUGUAAUAUACUAUGCUAGCAAAACUCUUGAUGGUGCUCAAGCUAAUUACACAACCACAGAAAAGGAGUUGUUGGCAGUAGUGUAUGCCUUUGUCAAAUUCAGGCAAUAUCUUGUAGGGUCUCAUUGUGUAGUUUACACAGACCACGCUGCAAUUAGAUAUCUACUCAGCAAGAAAGAAGCCAAGCCAAGGUUAAUUAGAUGGAUACUCUUGCUUCAAGAAUUUGAUGUGGAAAUCAAGGACAAGAAAGGAGCUGAAAAUGUUGUGGCAGAUCACUUGUCGAGGUUGCAAAACAAUGCAGUAGACUCCUUACCUAUCAAUGAUGUGUUACCAGGGAGCAAUCUUAUGCAAGUGACUAGUAUACAAAACUAUACACCAUGGUAUGCAGAUAUAGUUAAUUAUCUGGUCUGUAACAAAGUCCCUACAGAUUUUGGGUAUCAAAAGAAGAAGAAAUUCUUAUCAGAUAUGAAGCACUUCUUUUGGGAUGAACCUUACUUAUUCAAACAUUGUGCUGAUGGUAUUGUUCGAAGAUGCUUGCCGGAAGGUGAAGCUAAAGCAAAUGGACAAGUGGAGUUGUCUAAUAGAGAAAUAAAGGCCAUUCUCGAGAAGGUAGUAUCAAAGUCAAGGUCUGACUGGGUACUGAAAUUACCAGACACACUAUGGGCAUAUAGGACAGCCUAUAAAACACCAAUAGGAAUGUCACCAUUCAGGUUAAUAUAUGGAAAAGCAUGCCAUCUACCUGUUGAACUUGAACACAAAGCUCAAUGGGCACUAAGGAAACUCAAUAUGGACCUUGAUGCAGCAGGAAAAUACAGAAAACUUCAACUCUGUGAAAUGGAAGAACUGAGAGCUGACUCUUACGAGAGUGCAAGAAUUUACAAAGAAAAGACCAAGAUCUGGCAUGACAAGCAUAUAUUGAGGAAACAAUUUCAUCUUGGACAGUUGGUAUUGGUCUAUGAUACUAGGUUUCAUUUAUUUCCUGGUAAAUUCGAGUCAAGAUGGUAUGGCCCUUGCAAGGUGAAGAAGAUUAUGCAAAGUGGUGCUAUUCAAGUGCAAAGUACUUCUGGAGGUCUCUUCCUUGUAAACGGUCAAAGAUUGAAGCCCUACAUCCCUGGAGAUCCACUUCUUAUUUCUGAAGAUGAAAUGCAAGCGAAGAUCAAGACCCAGAGGAGGAAAUUCAAGAAGGCAAGGGGACCCAAGAGGUGUCAAUCCCUGCAGGACCCUGACCUCACUGACGAGACAUGGUCGAGCUAA